AUGGGCUCAGACAUGCGUGAUCUCAAUGCCCUGCUGCCCCCGGUGCCAGCUUUGCCAGGGGGGAACGGGAAUUGUACCCUGCCUGUCAGCAGUGCCCCUCAGUGGGGCCCUGUACUGGACUUCCACACUGGCACCCCCUACAGCUCGCUGGCCCCCCACCCCUUCAUCAAGCAGGAGCCCAGCUGGAGCUCUGGGGACCCCCAUGAGGACCCGCACUGCGGCCUGAGCGCCUUUACUGUGCACUUCUCUGGCCAGUUCACUGGCACAGGGGCCUGCAGGUACGGGGCCUUUGGGGCACCCCCUCCACCCAGCCAGCCCCCACCAAGCCAGCCAAGGAUGUUCAGCAACGCACCCUACCUGACCAACUGUAUGGACACCCAGCCCCCCUCCAGGAACCAGGGUAAGAUCAACCAUAAUCAUCUAUUCUGAAGAUUAGUGUAGUGAAAUGUUAUUGUGGUUGCACUAGGACUUGAUAUUAGGUUAAAUACAAUAGUUUCAUUCACAGAAAUAAUUAAUUUGUUCAGGAUUGUUCUAAGUAGUUUUAAACAGUUAUGUUUGUAGUCCUUCUGUAUAAUUUUGUACAGUUAUUGCGAUUUUAUGCUUUUAUUAUGAUUUGACUAUUUUCCCUGCCUACAGUUUUUUUUGCUAACUCUGGUGAUGUACAUUAGUUCAUGAUCAAUAAACAAACAAAUUAAUGAUAGAUACACCUGGAAAAAAGGUCCUAUGAACAGUAAAUAAAUUCAUAAUUUCAAGGAUUCAGUUUGUUUAAGUGAAACUUGUGUUUUAUUAUGCUAUUGUAUAUGUCAGAUACUAACUGAUCUUCUUGCCAGCACAGUACAAUGAAAAUGUGUUGACAUUAGUUUACAAUUUAGAAAAUCUCUGCAUUUACUAUACUAUUUUCUUUAUUACCUUAUCACAACUUUCACAAACUUAUGAUUGAUUUAGUGAGUUUAUAAUUAGUGCAUUAUAUAUAUAACACAUACUAUUUAAUGCCACUCACUGAACUUUGUACUGUUUAAAUGAUUUAUCAUUAGUAUAUUCCACUGUAGUCAGUCAAUUUCAUUAUGAAUUAUAUUAUGAAUUACUGACAUUGCUUUUAACUGAAUGUGCAAUUUUAACAAAACAUUUUUCAAACAGAAUAGAUUAUUUUCAUCACAAAUUGAUGUACAAUUUGAUCUCUGAAAUUCUAAUAGCAGCUGUGUUAUAGUUAAGCUGAUCAUACCGUUGCCAAACUUUGCCUUUAUUGUGGACUUGUGGUUGUAUUACAACUGAAUGUUCAGUCUCAAAUACAAAUGUUUAAUAGUCCUGCGGUUGAAGGUUAAUACAAAUGAAUGGGAAAAGGCUCAGUGAUGACAGAAACUGUAAUUAUUUUUGAACUUGUGGUAAAUUAACAUGAACUAAUCUCAGUAUAAUUCCUUAAAUCAGUAAAAGUUCAUCUGAAGGCUCCUGAUUUCCAAGUUAUUUUUUAAUAUUAUGCCUCGGUUUCACUUUGACCUGAGCUAUUUGUAGUCAAGCUCUGGGAUUUCUCUUUAGGGCUGUUGGGGUCACCAGUGCUCACACACCAAAUGUCAUCAGUCCACACUUUUAAUGGAGGAUUCAUUAGAAAUAACAUCAGUAUCAAAGGGCUCAUCCAACCUUCAACCCACUUAUCACACCCCUUCUGUGCCUGGCCAAGCGGUGCAAACAAGCAUGGCUCAGGCUCAUGUGGGUCACUUUCACUAGAUACUAAUACAAUGAUGGUCACUGAGUGAAUAUCCACUGGAUUCAUGCUCUGUUUACAGUUACCAUGCGAAACAAGACAGUCAAAACGAGUUAGUGUGAGGACAGGUAUUAUGUGUGUAUUAGUGUCUGUGUCAUAAAAGUGUACUUGUACUUGUGUAAUUCCGUGUGUGUGUGUGUGUGUGUGUGUGUGUGUGUGUGUGUGUGUGUGUGUGUGUGUGUGUGUGUGUGUGUGUGUGUGUGUGUGUGUGUGUGUGUGUGUGUGUGUGUGUGUGUGAAGUUUACUUGAAUGGAAGAUCAGAAAAAUAAUAGUUAAUGAAUUAUAGUAGGGACUUUCCUUGUACAGAAUGAUUAAAAACUGCAAAUAUUUGCAUUACCCUUCAAAUGAUUUUAUUACCCUUCAGAACCCUUUUUGUUAUGUUUAGUUUUUUUAAUUAAAGUAUUGUUUUUAAGUUUCAUUCUGAUUUUCCAGCUGUAGCACAAUUUUAUAAUUGACUUCCCUUGAUUUACCAUACUGGUUUAAAAAAAUGUAUCCAUGGAAAUUCUGUAAUAAUUUAUAAAAGCAUAACAAUAUUUAUUGACAUUUUAUUUCAAGAUUUGUAGGCUAAUUCUAGGCCUGCUUUUUCAAAAUGAACAAUAAAAAAAGAGACAAUUAUCUAAAUGAAAUUACUGGGAAAAUACAGAUUCUGAAGUUGAUUAAUAUCUAUAGAGUCACUGUGAAAUUAGUUGUUAUUGAUGAAGGCACUAAUUUAUAGAAUUAGAUGCUUUGCGUCUGACUAUUGAUUAGGUUAUGGGUUGACUAUUCACAAUUCUGUAAUAUUUUAACUCUUUGGAAGUCAGCAAAAACUCUUUAUAUUGUAUUAUUACAUAGAUACUAUACUGUAAGUAAUAAGUAAUACGUCUGUUGUUCAGUGAUUUACAUUUGAGUACUGGUCCUCGUAAUAAAUGGCUUGUGAAUUAUUCAUAAUAUUUUUAGCAAAAGUUAAUAAGCAGACCAUCAAAUAAAGUAUUACAAUUAACAUUCAGCGCAUGAUAAAUAUAUAUAUAUAUAUAUAUAUAUAUAUAUAUAUAUAUAUGGAAGAAAAUUCUGGUCACCUCGUAUGUGCAUUUGGUAUUUCUUCACAUCCCACUCCACUGCAGUGCGUAAAGCAGACUGGUUUAAGGUGAGGACACUACCACACAAACUGCCUGGGCAGUGCCCUUCACUAUGCCCACUGUGACCCAGACCAGCCCAGGAGGCUACCCAGCCCUAUGUAGGCCUACUGUUAUGGGGAUCAGUCCUGUCCUCCUCUCCUCAGUCAGUUAGACAGAGAUGAGUGGAAGACAAAUAGAGCUCUUUAAUGAGUUUUGAGUAAACCCUGCUGGGGCGCUGGUGAAAGUUGCUGUGGUGUGUAAUUAAUUGCGUCGGUGUUGGCUGGUGUGUGAUUGAUGAACUGGUGCCCCACCCUGGGUCAGACAUAGGCAUGAUUAAGCCCUGAACCUGGUGUCAGCCCUCCAGUGUCCUGCCACAGUUUGUUUUCACUCUGGAUGCUUUCACUCUCACCCCAACGCAGGGGCAACUGAGGUUUGAGGAGGGAAAGAGGAAGGUAAUUUACCUACCCAUUCAGAACAAAGGGUUAAAGUGCUGAAUGUUAACAGAUGAGCUAACUCAGAAUGUACACAGUAACUUUUAACAUGUAAACACCUUUGUACCUACUUUCCAUGGUCUGAAACCUUGAAAUUAUUCAUUUCGUUUUUCUAAACCAUUAUUCUUUGUCUUUACAGGUUACAGUGCUUUCGAUGGCGCCACAAAUUACGGUCACACUCCCACACACCACUCUUCCCAGUUCCCCAACCACUCCUUUAAACACGAAGACUCCCUCGCUCAGCAGACCAGUAUGGGUAAACAUCAAAAUAUUCUCACCUAGAUUCCUGCUUGUGUGUGCGCGUGCGUGUGCAUGUGCGUGUGUGUGUGUGUGUGUGUGUGUGUGUGUGUGUGUGUGUGUGUGUGUGUGUGUGUGUGUGUGUGGGUGUGUGAGUGUGUGUGUGCGUGUGUGCGAGCAUUCAUGCAAGUAUAUACAGUACCAGUCAAAAGUUUGGACACACCUACUCAUUCCAGGGUUUUUCUUUAUUUUUACUAUUUUCUACAUUGUAGAAUAAUAGUGAAGACAUCAAAACAUUGAAAUAACACAUAUGGAAUCAUGUAGUAACCAAAAAAGUGUUAAACAAAUAUAUCUUAUCUUUUAGAUUUUUCAAGGUAGCCACCCUUUGCCUUGAUAACAGCUUUGCACACUCUUGGCAUUCUCUCAACCAGCUUCACCUGGAAUGCUUUUCCAACAGUCUUGAAGGAGUUCCCACAUAUGCUGAGCACUUGUUGGCUGCUUUUCCUUCACUCUGCGGUCCAACUCAACCAUCUCAAUUGGGUUGAGGUCGGGUGAUUGUGGAGGCCAGGUCAUCUCAUGCAGCACUCCAUCACUCUCCUUCUUGGUCAAAUAGCCCUUACACAGCCUGGAGGUGGGUUUUGGGUAAUUGUAAAGCAAAUUAUAGUCCCACCAAGCGCAAACCAGAUGGGAUGGUGUAUCGCUGCAGAAUGCUAAGUGUGCCUUGAAUUCUAAAUAAAUUACAGACAGUGUCACCAGAAAAGCUCCCCCACACCAUCACACCUCCUCCUCCAUGCUUCACGGUGGGAACCACACGUGCAAAGAUCAUCCGGUCACCUACUAUGCGCCUCACAAAGACAUGGCGGUUGGAACCAAAAAUCUCAAAUUUGGACAGAUUUCCACCGGUCUAAUGUCUAUUGCUCGUGUUUCUUGGCCCAAAACAAGUCUAUUCUUCUGAUUGGUAUCCUUUAGUAGUGGUUUCUUUGCAGCAAUUCGACCAUGAAGGCCUGAUUCACAAAGUCUCCUCUGAACAGUUGAUGUUGAGGUGUGUCUGUUCCUUGAACUCUGUGAAGCAUUUAUUUGGGCUGCAAUCUGAGGUGCAGUUAACUCUAAUGAACUUAUCCUCUGCAGCAGAGGUAACUCUGGUUCUUCCUUUCAUGUGGCGUUCCUCAUGAGAGACAGUUUCAUCAUAGCGCUUAAUGGUUUUUGCGACUGCACUUGAAGAAACUUUCAAAGUUCUUGAAAUGUUCCAUAUUGACUGACCUUCAUGUCUUAAAGUAAUGAUAGAUUGUCGUUUCUCUUUGCUUAUUUGAGCUGUUCUUGCCAUAAUAUGGACUUGGUCUUUUACCAAAUGUAUACCACCCCUACCUUGUCACAACACAACUGAUUGGCUCAAAUAAAUUCCACAAAUUAUCUUUUAACAAGGCACACCUGUUAAUUGAAAUGCAUUCCAGGAGACUACCUCAUGAAGCUGGUUGAGAUAAUGCCAAGAGUGUGCAAAGCUGUCAUCAAGGCAAAUGGUGGCUACUUUGAAGAAUCUCAAAUCUCAAAUAUAUUUUGAUUUGUUUAACACUUUUUUGGUUACUACAUGAUUCCAUAUGUGUUAUUUCUUAGUUUUGCUGUCUUCACUAUUAUUCUACAAUGUAGAAAAUAGUAAAAAUAAAGAAAAACUCUGGAAUGAGUAGGUAUGUCCAAACUUUUGACUGGUACUGUAUGUGUGUAAACACAUGUGUAUUGUGAACUCCGUACUCCUCACCUAGGGAGUGGCCUCCAUCUUAAAGUCACUGUGAGGUUAAGUCUUACAGUGACCUUCACGUCAGUGUCCGAAAUCAAUAGCAUCUUGGGUUUUUCAUGGUCCUUUUCUUCACCCAUGGCCCUUUUGUUAGUAAACAGCUGGAUGUGUGUGUUGUUGAUUUUAUUACUGUGAUGUUGUACAUUUCGGACUCUCUUUAUGGAAAUGAUAACUGUAAGAAACAGCGAUACAAGGUUUUUGGAAUGUUUAAAACUACCCUGGGACCCAUUCAUACGUGGAGGCAGAGGAAAAGCAGAGAUCCUUCAUUUGCACUUUGAAAAAGCAAAAAGAGUCAGUGUGCCUUAUGGCUUCAAAGAAGAAGAAAGAGAAGAGAGAGGAGAGAGGAGAAAAGAGAAGAGAGAGAAGAGAUAAGAGAGAAGAGAUAGGAGAGAAGAAGAGAAGCUAGAUGAUAGAGAAGAGUCGCUUCCUUCUCUAUCUUCGCUCUAGCAAUCAUCAUCCUCUCGAUCCGCUUCGUCCGCCUAUCUCUCUGCGCUCUCUCUCUCGCUUCCUCUCCGCUCUCCUCUCCUCCUCGCUCCUCUCUCUCUCCUCUCUCCUCUCCUCCUCCUCUCUGCCUCUCUCCUCUCUCUCUCCUCCCUCUCCCUCCUCUCUCCUCUCUCCUCUCUCCGCUCCUCUCCCUCUCGUCUCCCUCUCCUCUCUCCUCUCGCUCCUCUCUCUCGCUCCCUCUCUUCUCUCUCUCUGCCUCUCUCCCUCCUCUCCGCUCCCGCUCGCUGCUCUCUCUCUCUCGUCCUCUCGCUCUCUCUCCUCGCUCCUCGCUCUCCUCGCCUUCCUCUCUCUCCCUCUCGCCUCCUCUCUCUCUCCUCUCUCUCUCCCUCUCUUCUCUCCUCUCUCUCUCCUCUCUCUCUCCUCUCUCUGACCUCGCUCCUCGCGCGCCUACUCCUGCCGCCUCGCUCCGCUCGCCUCGUCUUCCUCGCUCUCGCUCUCCUCGCGCGCGGCCGCCUCGCCCUCUCCCUCUCCGCUCUCGCUCUAGCGGCGUAGCGAAGAGAGGUAUAUAUGUGUAUAUUCGGCCACAGUUCACAGGUUUCUUUCACAAUUUCCAUUUCAGGAUAGUUUUUCUCAGAGGAGGAUCCGUUCCACCAGAGUUCCCCGAAAGCUUUAUAGCUAAUGUGAUCCUUCUUUCUAUGACGAAUACCCACGUCACUCGUAGAACAGCAAAGUGCUUCAUUUGAAACAUUUUGUUUGUUCACGCCCAGAGAAUUAACCUUCAAACAACCAUUUUUACUAUUGUUACUCUCUCAUAGUUGUGCGUCUAGGUUGUCGAGAGAAAUAAAGUGCCAUGUUAGCUAUGAAUCGGGGAACUCACUUCCAGUGCAGUUGUGAAGCUGUCUUUUAUCCUUGGGACUGUCCCAUGAUACUAUUUCAAGUCUCAAUCUGUAAUGUGUUCAGUUGGUGGGUGAUAAUUGAGACGAACAGUAACGGUUUAAUGUGUCUGUUUAUGUAGGCGAGCAGCAGUAUCCUGUCCCUCCACCCGUGUAUGGAUGUCACACCCCAUCAGACAGCUGUGCAGGCAGCCAAGCCCUACUGCUGAGGAACCCUUACAACAGGUAGGCGCUGGAGCCACCCCACUACAGUAGCUUAACUUUCCCUUACCUGACAUCACAUCCCUGCCACUCAACUUAGCCCCACCCCUAUCAGUCACGUAAGCCCCACUCGUAUAGGCCUAUCAAUCACCUGGACUCAACAAUCAUCUAAUGUUACAAAGCUGCAUUCUGACAGGCAGAAAUCGUACUAAGGAAUCCUAUUGGUAGUGACUAUAGUCUUGUUAAAGGUGGCUAGGACAAUCUGUACAGGAUGCUCACCUUUAUAGUAGUCUUGUCUGGCCAAGGUUGUGCUGCCAUCAGCCAGAUUGUCUGCUAAGACAAUAAUCAUCAACAUUGUGGUUCUAAAAUGAAAUGUAGAAAAGUCACGCUGCCAUUGAGCACGCCCAGUAGCUAGAGGAAGUAAAGUAACAGUGACAGGAAGUUGGACAGAAGGAGAAUAUCCUGAUUUUCAGUCAGGAAAUGAUCAAAAUACAGCCAUUUGUCAACUUUGUACUCUCAAAACUUUCCAUUGGACUAAAUCCACCGCAGUCCUUCAUGACAAAGAAUAGUAUACUAUAAAAGCACAUUAACUCUGUUAUAUUUACAAGUUAGUUGUCUUGCGCAAAAAAUACUUCAAUUCACUGUGUAGAUGGUAUGGAUGAGGAACAUAUCCAGAUAAAUUCAUAACAGUUGUCAAGACAGAAAAUGGGAGCAGAGCUCAGCAGGCCAAGAUAAACGGUGUAAUCCACUACUGCCUUCCAGUCUUAGACCAAUGUUGAAUUCCUCCUAAUAUGUAGCUCACUGUCCUCUGAGUGGAGAAAACCCCAUUGUAACCUCGCAAAACUGUUAACUCACUGGUCUUGAGACGGCACAAAUUUAGCUUGCAUUCCUUGAAUAGCUUUAACAUUUUGUUUUCAGCUCAAGGGAACAUAAAGAUACAAAAUAAGAGAAUAGUAGAUAGUGGGAGUGUGUUAGUCAGACUGGAUACAUGGGCUGGAUGCCCAUUCUUCAAGUUCUGCUCCUCCUGAUAUCUGGCUGAUAUCUUUUGGGGAAGGGAAGGGGCUGGGAAUCCUCAAAUCAAACUGCUAAGCUGCUCUCUAAUCAAAUGCCUGGUACCAACAGCGCUGUAUUUAUACAGUGAGACUGCAGUUAUGCACUUUUUAAUGAUUUGGAAGUACAUUCAAUUAAAAUAAGUCCACUUAUCAAGCUAAGAGCCAGGGAGCCAGGAAUUUUUUUUAUUUGGGAAGCGCUGGUGUAGAGGAUGAAGACUGGUGUCCCAAAAAAAAAAAACUUAAACCAAAAUACCCAAACAUUUAGUUAUUUUAUCAAGACAUGAAAGGCUCAGGUAUGUAUAGAGCUUGUCAUAGAGGAUUUGACCUACCAUGUACAGUAAUGGUUUAGAGAAAGUUGACAGUGUACUAAUAAUGGACACACCCUUCUUCAUCCUUUAACCCUCAGGGCAGAACUGUGACACUUUCUGUCAUCCAAAUUGCUGAAUUGAUUUGAACUAAAAGACUACAGCCUAAAAAGUCCUAUUCUACUGGGUUACGUUGAGCCACCACUUGUUUCUAGAAAACCAUACACAAAAUGAAUCAUGUGACCAAAUAUUUAGGAAGAUGUCAUCAUUUCAUGGAGUCUGUGAAGGAAUAAACCACAUGGAAAAGUGGUAAGCAAAUUAGGUCCAAAAAACAAUUAAGUUAUUGUGUUAUAGGUUUCAUGAUGCUUGUAUCUAAACCAAAGUAGAUCAUUUUAAGACUGUUGGGUCUUCGUAAGCUACAAUAUGAGGUCUUAAACCUAGCAUUAACGUGCAUCCUUGUAGCUGUUUGGGCUAAUAUAGUAAAAAUGGUUGCUUUGGGGUAAAUUGUGCCAUUUGGCAAGGGGCAAGUUGAGCCAAUGGCUAAUCAAUAUACCCCAUACAAAUGAUGAUGACAUUUUGUCAGUUUUAUGGAUAAUAUGCAUGUCUCUAUGCUUAUCCUGGCCCUAUGCUCAAUUGACCCCGUAAAUUGUGCCAAGAGACCACUUUUUUUGGGACAAGCUAUAUUAUGAAAACUGUUAUGUUUACAUGAAUUUUGAUUAUUUCUAGGGAUACACAACAUCCUGAAAUAUGUGUAGAUAUCUUUGUUAGAACGAAUACCAUAUACCCCUUGACCGAGUGAUGCUGAAUGUAAAAAAGGCUCAACAUAUCCCACUCUCCCCUACUGUAUGUAGAUACUGUAAGCAUCAAACAGAGUGUAGGCCGUUACAGUCAAUGUGCAGGGUACCAGGCACCAGAGCCUCCCAGCGCAGUGAGCUGUUCAUGUAGUAUGAUAAACAUACGUGAUGUCAGGGUCGGCAGUGAUUUACAUUUACAUUUUAGUCAUUUAGCGGACCCUCUUUUCCAGAGCGACUUACAGGAGCAAUUAGGGUUAAGUGCCUUGCUCAAGGGCACAUCAACAUAUUUUUCACCUAGUCAGCUCUGGGAUUUGAAUUAGCGACCUUUCGGUUACUGUCCCAAUAAAUCUAAAGUAUGUGUUUGGAAAAUCACCUGGUAGGUUAACUAAUGGUCCUGGAGUCUGACACUUAAUAACGGAUGGCUAUUUGGGUCUGAGUGAUGGAGGGCUAUAAUUAACACAUCACCCAGUUGGUGUUAGUGUGGGAGGAUCCUCAUUGUGAGGCAUAUUCAUGAGCUGUUACUCAGGAUUAAAUUGUAUAGAUGGGGCCAAAUUGUAUAAUCCUCUGACUCUCUUGUGGUGCUUGUCUACACUGAAAACAGUGGUGCCACCACUGGACGUCCUCGCCCGAGGAAAAAUUCCACUCUUCUUUUUUUUGUUCUUUAAAAAAAAAAAUCCCAGCAGUGAUUAUUUAUUUCAAAUGGCAUCUCAGCUGGAAUGUAUGGCACAGAUGUCACAUACGGGUUGUUUUUUCUUUUAUCUUAGAAAGUUAGGUUUUGCCUGUAACGGUGAUUUAGGAUGUUUUCCAUGCCUGUGUGUGACCCUGAUAUGUUAAAGGACUCUGGUGACAAGCCAUGAUUGUGAGUCUAGGAUCGUUUCAGAGGGCUAUUUCUAGUUGAGGGGGAAACAUCACUUUUUCUCUUGCUUUAGUGCUGUAAUGAAAAUAUCCUCUUUCAUUCUUGCUUUCUUGUAAUUUUCAGUGGCCCUCUUUUUCUAACUCCCUUUCCAACUCCUCCCGAACCCCCUCUCUGUUUCUGUCUGUUUUCACCGGGGAUCAUGUGCAUGUUAAAUUAGCCUCUCUGUUUUGUCUGUCCUGUGAAAUGUAUCCUGCUAUAAUUUUCCUGUGUGGGGCAUCAGCCUUGACCACAGUGGGACAUGUAAUGGAGGGGAAGGGCUCUGCACUGGGGAGUAGUGGAAGUGGAUCAGUACACAAUGGGACAGUUUCCCCCUGGGAUACUCCAGCCAGGGAUCCAGAGCCAGGGCUCAGUUAGACUGGAGGGGAGGAUCUGACCCUUCCACCACCUCCCCCAAAAAGCCAGCAAAGGCCGGGGUGACUGAAUGAUUAAUCUGCUGCUAAAUGAGAGGGACUGUGGUGCUUAGGCUGCGGAAAAUCAGACUUGGAGUCUCAUCUCCAGGGACUCACGCCAAAGUAUGCAUGUGCCUCUUCCAGAUAAACGCCACCACUCCCCCGUCUCCCUCCCCAGCCCUGUCUCUCUCCCCAGGCCCUGGCUGCAUACAUUAACGUGAGGUGUUUAGCUCCACAAUGAAUGAGUGAAUGAAUGAACUGUGGGGAGAUUUAUUGCAGUGUGCAGCUUGCACUGUCCCGACUCCGGCUAUCCUUGGAAGAGUAGAGACAAGAACAGCUUUAUGCCCUCUCAACCAUGCAUUCAUAAUUUAACUGUACAGGAUACAACCCCCUCCUUCCAUGAAAUACAAAAAUUACAGACUUGUAAGACUAGUAAUAUAACGGUAUUGCCAUCUGGUUAUUAUGAAACUAGAUGUGACCCUUAGCUGUCUUGAAAUGCUGUAGCUACAGUGUAUGUAACUGAACCAACUUUAAUGAAUACUUUUGGAGGCUACCUUCAUCUUUUGAGGUGUUAAUAAGUUUUCAGCAAAAAUUGCCAUUUCUAAAUUUAAUUAUUUUUAAUCUCAUAAAUUAAGUAGGUUAGUACACAAUGGCUGGAUAGCAUACAAUACCUGAACUAUGUUUCAUAUUUCUGCAUAUACUACAAUGGAUCAUUGUCUUUUUGUGCUAUGUCCUUAUCCUGUACGCCUAUUUGAUUGAGAGCAGUUUGUGGGUGACAACAAGGUUUGGCAGGUCGUCUUACUAAAACAGGCCUUAUUUAUGGAAGAAAACUAAGGUAGUACGCAGCUUGAUCGUGUGUUAAUCCAGGGUUAGACAGAGAGGCCAGUUUACCGCCUAGCCAUAUGAAUAAAUCUGGGAAUGACAGGAAGUUAACCAUUAGUCUUUCCUCCGAGUUCCACUUUGGAUGCUUUAGGUGAAUAUACUGCGCUGUGACCCGUUGAGCAAUUUGCCCCUAUGUCAAGACAAGUUAUAGCUGGUGAUUUCUUUGCAUUUAUUUAUUGGGAGCUUUUACCUGCUGUGCAUGCUGUUGAAAUACAAUGCCAAUGCAACGUUGCUGAACUGGCUUACAUACAAUGCCUUCGGAAAGUAUUCAGACCCCUUGACUUUUUCCACAUUUUGUUACGUUACAGCCUUAUUCUAAAAUGGAUUUAAAAAAUAAUAAUCCUCAGCAAUCUACACACAAUACCCCAUAAUGACAAAGCGAAAACAGGUUUAUAGAAAUGUUUGCACAUUUAUAAAAAACAAAACAGAAAUACCUUAUACAUAAGUAUUCAGCCCCUUUGCUAUGAGACUCGAAAUUGAGCCUGUUUCCAUUGAUCAUCCUUGAGAUGUUUCUACAACUUGAUUGGAGUCCACCUGUGGUAAAUUCAAUUGAUUGGACAUGAUUUGGAAAGGCACACACCUGUCUAUAUAAGGUCCCACAGUUGACAGUGCAUGUCAGAGCAAAAACCAAGCCAUGAGGUCGAAGGAAUUGUCCGUAGAGCUCCAAGACAGGAUCGUGUCGAGGCACAGAUCUGGGGAAGGGUACCAAAAAAUUUCUGCAUCAUUGAAGGUCCCCAAGAACACAAUGGCCUCCAUGAUUCUUAAAUGGAAGAUGUUUGAAACCACCAAGACUCUUCCUAGAGCUGGCCGCCCGGCCAAACUGAGCAAUUGGGGGUGAAGGGCCUUGGUCAGGGAGGUGACCAAGAACCUGAUGGUCACUCUGACAGAGCUCUAGAGUUCCUCUGUGGAGAUGGGAGAACCAGAAGGACAACCAUCUCUGCAUCACUCUACCAAUCAGGCCUUUAUGGUAGAAUGGCCAGAUGGAAGCCACUCCUCAGUAAAAGGCACAUGACAGCCCGCUUGGAGUUUGCCAAAAGGCACCUAAAGAUUCUCAGACCUUGAGAAACAAGAUUCUCUGGUCUGAUGAAACUAAGAUUUAACUAUUUGGCCUGAAUGCCAAGCGUCACGUCUGGAGGAAACCUGGCACCAUCCCUACGGUGAAGCAUGGUGGUGGCAGCAUCAUUCUGUGGGGAUGUUUUUCAGCGACAGGAACUGGGAGACUAGUCAGGAUCGAGGGAAAAAAGAAUGGAGCUAAGUACAGAGAGAUCCUUGAUGAAAACCUGCUCCAGAGCGCUCAGUACCUCAGACUGGCGGAGAAGGUUCACCUUCCAACAGGACAAUGACCCUAAGCAAACAGCCAAGACAACGCAGGAGAGGCUUCGGGACAAGUCUCUGAAUGUCCUUGAGUAGCCCAGCCAGAACCCAGACUUGAACCCGAUCGAACAUCUCUGGAGAAAUUUGAAAAUAGCUGUGCAGCAACGCUCCCCAUCCACCCUGACAGAGCUUGAGAGGAUCUGCAGAGAAGAAUGGGAGAAACUCCCUAAAUACAGGUGUGCCAAGCAUGUACCGUCAUACCCCAGAAGACUCGAUGCUGUAAUCUCUGCCAAAGGUGCUUCAACAAAGUACUGAGUAAAGGGUCUGAAUACUUAUGUAAAUGUGAUAUUUCCGUGUUUUUUUUGCAGAAAUGUCUAAAAACCUCUUUUUGCUUUGUCAUUAUGGGGUAUUGUGUGUAGAUUGAUGAGGGGAAAAAACUAUUUAAUACAUUUAAGAAUAAAGCUGUAAUGUAACAAAAUAUGGAAAAAGUCAAGUCAAGGGGUCUGAGUACUUUCCAAAGGCACUGUAGAUAAGUGGAGAACGCUUAAACGCCAACCUCUAUUUAGUAGUGGGAGACCCUUUUCAACAACUAUAUUUCAGGAGUGACCGUUUACGGCAACAUUUUACAGUACAUUUAAUGGCGUGAAGAUAAUAGCCAUUCAUCCUACACAACAUCCUACAAUUUCCUGACUUUUCAUCGCUCCUAAAACUGCUGAAUGCUCUUGAACAGCUUUUAUGUGAAUUGUAAUUUGGCAGACAAAAUAGGAAAGGGUCACAUAUUUCCUCACUAAAAAUGCUGUUUUGUCUUUCUCUCUGUGGACAGCCAUGCUUCGGGCUAUGAGAGUGACCCCAACACUCCCAUGGUGUAUAGCUGCAGCACCCAGUACCGCAUCCACACCCAUGGCGUAUUCAGAGGCAUACAGGUCAGUUCUCUCCUCUCACGGCUUCUGAGUUCACACCCAGGUCACACACUCUGAUUCCUCUCUCCAUACACAUCUUUCCUUAUGUGAUCAGGGCCAAGGUCGAGAUAUGGAGCACAGACACACACUCUCUCGCAAGAACACACACACACACACACACACACACACACACACACAAACACACACUCCCUAAAUGCCAGCACAAGGUCGGAGGUGGCAGAAGAGGAGGAGGUGGGCUGGAGAGAUGCAGUACAGGAGGGAGAGAGAGAGAGAGAGAGAGGUAGGAGGAGAGAGAGAGUGAAAUAGAGAGACGCUGAGAUAGAGAGCAAGAUGCAGAGACGCUCUUCGAGCUCUCCAUCGCUACUCCGAGCCCCCUUCGUCGAGGCGCGAGCCGACGGCGUCGGCGUCGCUGCUUCUCUCUCUCAGCCGCAGAGAGAGAGAGAGAGGGGAGAAAAGAGCCUGACGCAAUGAGCAGACUAUGCGAGGGGAAGCAGGCCUCUGCCAGAACAGUUGAGACAUUUAAAAGGCAUCUCAGGAUGAAAAGGGAAGAGGAAUCACUUUCAAGAAAUCCAUUAGCAAUAAAGAUACAGUUUCCAUACGCAGGCCCAUGUUAAUAAAUCAUUAGAUCUUAAUUAAUGUCAGUCAACAGCUUUAAAGCACAGAGAACAGACAUUCUCCAGACCUAUUCUCAUUGAAAAUUUGACUUUUGGUACUCCGGCCCUCUCUUUAUCCCUUCUCAUUGUUCUCAAGUGAAAUUAAUUCAGGAAAACCUCAUUCACAAAAUGAAUCACAUAAGUCUACUUAAUCACAUAAGUAUGCAAAAGUACACUGAGUAGACAAAACAUUAAGAACACCUUCUCUUUCCAUGACAUAGAGUGACCAGGUGAAUCCAGGUGAAAGCUAUGAUUCCUUAUUGAUGUCACUUGUUAAAUCCACUUCAAUCAGUAUAGAUGAAGGGGAGGAGACAGGUUAAAAAGGGAUUUUUAAGCCUUGAGACAAUUGAGACAUGGAUUGUGUAUGUGUGCCAUUCAGAGGGUAAAUGGGCAACAGCUCAAUAGUUUCCUGUGUGUAUCAAGAAUGGUCCACCACCCAAAGGCCAACCCGCCAACUUGACACAACUGUGGGAAGCAUUGGAGUCAACAUGGGCUAGCAUCCCUGUGGAAUUCUUGUAGAGUCCAUACCCUAAUGAAUUGAGGCUGUUCUGAGGGCAAAAUAUGGUGUUCCUAAUGUUUGGUAUACUCAGUGUAGAUUUUUUGAAAGUCAUGUUCAAGUUGUACGUGGACACUUGGUGCUCAGAAAGCCUUUUAUUUGACAAUCCCAACGUUGAGUUGCCCUCUCCAUGAAGUGGGGAAUCUAGAUAACGGACAAGGCAGGCAUACGGUAGUGCCAUAAAACACUGAAGUAAUUUACUUAUCAAUAGGCUGCUAACACUAUUUAUUAGAGCGCCGGUGCCCACAGAGCCCAUUACACUAAGCGCCUGCUAAUGAACAGCAGAUGGGUAUCAGGGUCUGACAGGGAGG